UUCCUCUGCCCCUUCACUCACCUCAAGCUCUUCUCGAUCUCUUUAUAAACCAGGCAUAUCCUCCAGGUUCAACUCAUUGUCAACCGGAUCACAUAUUCUAGUCUUUGUACGUUCAAAACUAACAGGGUAAUUAGAGUAAGAUUGUGAAGUCAUGGCCUCCGCACAAGAGAGAAAGGAUCCCAAUAAGAGAGAAGAGCUGGACGCCAAGGCAAGGCAGGGAGAGACUGUUGUUCCUGGUGGAACUGGUGGCAAGACUCUUGAGGCACAAGAGCACCUUGCUGAAGGGCGACAGAAGGGAGGUGAGACCAGGAGGGAGCAGAUGGGUCGUGAAGGGUACCAAGAGAUGGGCAAAAAGGGCGGACUGAGCACCAUGGACAAAUCCGGUGGAGACCGUGCUGCUGAGGAAGGAAUUACCAUUGACGAGUCGAAGUACAAAACUAAAGGUUAAGAAGUUCUUACUUAGUUUGGCUUAUCUACAUCCGCCGGUGUAGUGUUCUACUGUGUUAUGAAUAAGGAGUCAAAUGUCUUUGUUUCUGUUAUGCCUAGGUUUUCUUUUGUUGCGUCCAAGUAUGUUGUUGUAGCCUCCUUUUAGAGAAUAACGGUCUGGCCAUAGUACGUCCUACCGUACUGUUAUUUUUCUUUGUAUGAAAAUCUUGGAUAUGGAAGGCUGGUUUGGUUUU